AUAUACUCCAGCCACUGUCAAUAGCCUCAUUGCGACAGUGGAAGUUGAGAAAGACCAGUCAAGCCACUCUGGGAAUGGGACCACAAAUCAGAAGCAAGAAGAUUUUUGCCUUCUUUGGAGUCAUCACACACCAAAGACAUCUUUUCGUCCAAAGGGAAUAAACUUUUCCUCUGAGCAGAAGAAGGAACAGGUGCAUCACAAAUGGGAUAAAGUAGUGGUAUUGGUUUUUUUUCUUUCUUUUGCCAAAAAGGCAUUUAGCCUGUUGGUCUUUCUUUCUCUUUUUAAUAAGUUUGUCUAAAACCGUUUGUAAAGUUGGAGGUUGAAGAUAGAGCCAUUGGCUUUUGAAAGCAUGUAUGACAUUAUUUAAACUGAGGUGUGGAGAUUAUGUAGUCUACACAUGCUUUAUACUAGAAUAAAGCAACGGAAGUCUUUUGUUAGAGAGACUGAUUUCUAAAGGUGCGUCUCCGGGGCCCUGUGGUGCAUGGAGAUAAAAGGUGUCGAAGCAGGCAGAGAGGUUUUUUUUGGUUUCAAUCUGAGUAGGCCUAACAAUGGCAAAGUGGUUCAAGGAGUUCCCCAUCAAUCUGAAGAAUGGUACCGACAGGAUCCGCUCAGCCUCCGAAUCAGGCUCACAGCCAAGAGUCAAUAAAGCUGGGCUGGUGGCCGGCAUUGGUACCAAAACAACAGGCUCCAAAACGGGCCAUCGCAAAAACUCCUCUGGUGACAACACAGGCGGAGGAGGUGGAGGAGUUGGGUCUCUCCUGUCUGGAAGAAAUCGAAAGAACUCAGCCAUAGAGUUGAGUAAAAACGGUGUAAGCUCCCCGACAGAUGGAAAAGUUUGGGACAACCUCCUGUCAGGGAAAAGUCGCAAGAACUCCAAAGCGGAGCCGGUGUUGGAAGAGCAGCACAGACCUCUGAAAAGCUCUCCAUCUGCCAACGCUUACAUCAACCGGCUGAUCCGAGUGGACAAACUGGACAAAAACCCCAACUUCAACAGCGGAACCAUCCCCAAUCAAGUGGUACCCGAAGCAGAGAAACCAGUCCAGUGCAAAACAGAGACGGUCAUCCUUGAGGAUUACGCAGAUCCCUUUGAUGCUCAAAAGACCAGAGAGCAAAGGGAGGCAGAGAGGGUCGGGGAGAACGAUGGUUACAUGGAGCCUUACGAUGCCCAGCAGAUGAUUACUGAGAUUAGACGUCGGGGGUCCAAGGACCUGCUGAAGGUUUGUGUGCUGAUGGAGGCGAGCGAGGGAACGGGGGAGGAAGGUCAGCCUGUGUCCUUACAGAUAUAUGACGUCCCAUAUGAGGGAAGUGGUGAGGGGGACAAGACGGCGGUCACACGUCCCGAGCUGGAUCCUCGUCCCUCCACUGAGUACGAGCUGCCCUGGGAGUGGAAGAAGGAGCAUAUUGUUAGAACUCUCUCAGCACAGUUUGACAGCUCUGAACGCCAAACCAAAGAUGAGACGCCUCACCCCACACUCACCAGGCAGCCGCAACAUCCGCCAGCUCAGCCCCAACAACAGCCGCAUCAGCAGCAUCAGCAUCUGAGGCAGAAAAGCUGGACCCAGAAGAUCCUGCGAUCCUCUCCUCCGACCCUGUCGCCAUCCACCACCUCUGGCAGCAACCCUGAAACAGAGGCCCGCUGUGUUGACCCGUCCCUGCCCCUGGAAAAACAGAGCUGGUACCAUGGCUGUGUGACUCGUCAGGAGGCGGAGUUUCAGUUGCAGUCCUGCAAAGAGGCCAGCUUUCUGGUCAGGAACAGUGAGUCGGACAACAGCAAGUACUCCAUUGCCCUCAAGACGAGCCAAGGCUGCGUUCAUAUCAUUGUUGCCCAGACCAAAGAAAGCGGCUACACCCUGGACCAGAGCAGCUGCGUGUUCCCCAGCAUCCCAGAGGUGGUGCACCACUACUGCACUCAGCGUCUGCCUUUUAAUGGCGCCGAGCACAUGACUUUGCUGCACCCAGUGCCUCGCAUCCACUGACUCUACCCCAGCACUGCUUAUGUGGACAAAACAGGCACACCUCUGGGCCUGCAUGGACAAAAUGUUUCCAACAAUCAGUCAAGACUUCACCUCUGAUCAUUGUGUACCUCUACUGCUCUGUCUUAUUUUAUAACUGGGCUGUAUGACUCUACUUUGAUGUUUUUAUGAUUUUUAUUUCAUCAUUAGACAACAUUUGUGGCUCCGUCUGUGUCUUUCUGGAUACAUUCCUCUCUCUGUAUUUUACUUUGAUGUGCAGCUGAUGCAAAACAUCAGGCUGCUGUUUUGCAUGUGAACAGGGGGAAAAGCCCAGCGCAGACGACGAGGCACUUUUAAUGAUGAAAUGUGAUGUGACUCGUGCACAGAUGUGAUGUUUUUAAUAUCUGAUGUGGCUCUAUUAGAAGCUACUUGUGAUAUGUGUGUUAUUGUUACUAAGUUAAAUUCACUAUGAAGCAGAAAAGAGUUUUGACAUGGAGUUUGUGGCUCUCUUUCCCCCUCUGCUGGAUGUGCCGGUACAAUGCACCAACAUGGCAACACAAAGAAUUCUCUUCUUUCCUCAAAAUUACUAGUUGGUAAAAAUCCAUGCAUAGAGCAUAUCGUUACACUUAUCGAGAUAUGCAACAAAGACUAGCUAUUUUAAUAUUUGAGCAUAUUUCUAGUUUAUUCUAGUAUACUUGUUAGUUGUCUGUAACCACUGCCCCUUGAGGUUUUCCUCUGUUUAACUGUGAAUGCGGGAGUUGUUUCCAUUGUUUGAUCUGCACUGUGAAGAGUGAUUCACCCUGUUGCAAUGUGCUUAAAGGACCAUGGCUUUUCAUGACAAGAAAUUACACUACAUAUCAUCUUUGGUUUUCAGCCUAACAUGCCUGUCAAAUUAUUUUUGAUUUGUAGUAAGAAAACAUUAUAAUAUAAAGGGCAUUUGACAUACUUCUUUGGGUCUACACAUUAGGAACAUUUAUAGCUACAAGUGAAAGAAAUUAAUGACACAUAUUUCAAUAAAGUAAUAAAAAAAAAGGACUUUUCUUUUAAACUGUUCAAAAAAUAAGCCAUGGUUCCUUCAGACCUCUGUUGCUACAAAGUAAUGCUGUCCUCUCUCAGGGUUUAAUGCUCCCCUGGUGCUAAGAGGCAUAACACCAAAUUGAGAAGUGGUAACUAUAUUAUAUUCCCAAGUCUUAUUUUUUUGUGUAUUUUUAAUGUAACUCAAACAUUUGACAUGAUAUAUGUUCUCUUGAUUUAGAGACAUGCUGAAAAUUAUUUGGAUAACUCUGAUCUGCUAGGAUAACAAUACAAAAUGGUUCAAUUUUGUCUCAUGUUAUUUUUUUGUCUGCCAUUUUUAUGUUUCGUAAAAGAUUGAAGGGAGGUCAGUUUGUAGUUUUUGGCAGAGCAGUGAUGUUGAGGUUAUACAAGGACACACCUGCUAUACAUUUGUCAUUGUCCGUGUCUUUUAAUAUGUGGUAAACUCAUUAAAAAAAUGUAAAACAGAUUAGAUUAGAAGGUCCUUAAUCUCGAUGCUGGAGUUCCUCUGUGAGCAUUUCUGUGAUCCCAGUAAACAACAACAUAAACAGCAAA